AUGGAACAGCAUGUCCCAGACGGAAACACCAACAUAAAACCGGCAGGCUGCGAAGAGGGCGGGCCAGAGGAAGAGGAAAAGGUGGAAGAGGAGAGGAGAAUUAAAGCAGUUCUUUAUGUCAAAAAAUCAAGAAUGAUCCACAGGAAUCCUGAAGCAAAGCAGGAAAAUGCCUUUGGAAAGUCCUCAACUGCCUCGCCAGCUGAACCAGUUUACAAUGAUCACCAAGGGUAUCCGAGUCAGUUGAAGAAGAUGUGUAUGUCUGGUAUGAGGGGUCUUGAGAGCAAUCACGGUUUUGCCAGCUUUGAAGAGAACAGUAAUUAUUUCCUUAAAAUCUAUCUUUUCACCCCUCCAGCAGGGGCAAAUUACCCUUUAUUUCCACACCAGGAUGUUGUGCCUUUAACAGAUCUCUGCUCAGGUUUUGUGAGUCCAGCAGCAGGAGCUGAACAGCAGCCCAGUGUUGGAAGAGCUAUUGAAUCCCUGGCAGGCUACAGCAAUAGGGAACCUCACCAGCAUCCCCAUCACAGCCUGACCACAGAGACCUCCUGGAGGAAACCAGCCAGGACAGAAGGGGGAAGUCCAGGGUAUGACUCAGGCCAAAGAGAGCUUACAAAGGAGUUCCUGGGGAUGUUUUCUUCCAAAAUACAACCUCCAAAAUAAACAGGGGAGAUGUUGGAUGAUCCUGUUUCCCAGUAUUUCACAAAAAGAAGAUACAAUCGCAGACCUAAAAUAAGCCAAGUUGUCAGAGGCUUCUGAGACAGAUUUCAAACAACAUCUUUUACCUCUCCACAGAGAUCUGGUGGUUUUGUAAGCCAAAGCUCUCAAUCCUGUCAUAUCCCUUUAUAUAUCUGCUGUGUUGGUGCAGUAAAUUUUGAAGGCAUUGCUGGUGUAGUCUUAGUCCUACUUAUCCAUGUUCAAACUUUGAAACCUCACUACAAAAGCACCGAACACUAUGUUUCACUUCUUAGCAUGAUUUUGACACUGCCUCUUGCAUUCUUGUUACUUGGGAAAAGGGAAAAACUCACUCCAGAUAUUCCUGGAUACACUGGCAAGGUUCAUUGGUCAGCAACUCACCCAGAAAAUUCUAAUCUUCCAUCAACAGCCCCAUCAGUAAUUGCAGGAAUGCAUGGAUACCUUGCAAAACAUGGAAUGACUCAGUAGAAGCACCUAGGACUUUUUUCUCAACUCCAGUUGGUCCUCAGAUUUCUUUCAAAGCAGAAUAAAAAACUAUUACGAUUUAGAGAAUGCCAAUCCUUUUUACCUGGAUAA